GGAGACGAAGAAGCACUUCUUCGCUCGCAGAGAGGAGAUUGAGAGAGUAAGCGCUUCCGGGAGAGUUGGUUCGAGUGAAAACCCCACGGCUCUGUAGCGAUAUCGAUUCAGGUUGAAAGCAAAAUGGGAGGAGGAGGGUGUAUGCCUGUGUCCGAGACCAAAGCUAAAGAAAAGAACCCUCUCGAGCGAGUCCCUUCUGUAAAACCUCCUUUCACAAUAAGCGACAUCAAGAAAGCCAUUCCUCCACACUGUUUCCAGCGUUCCCUUAUCCGUUCCUUCUCUUAUGUUGUCUAUGACCUUGCUGUAACUUUUGUCCUCUACUACCUUGCCACCACCUACUUCCACCAUCUGCCAACCCCUUUCUCCUCCCUCGCAUGGCUGGCUUACUGGAUCGUCCAAGGUUGCGUGCUCACUGGAGUUUGGGUCGUAGCCCACGAAUGUGGCCACCAUGCCUUUAGUGAUUAUCAAUGGGUUGACGACAGCGUGGGCUUCAUACUCCACUCCCUUUUACUCGUCCCCUACUUCUCAUGGAAAUACAGUCAUCGGCGCCACCACUCCAACACCGCAUCACUCGAGCGCGAUGAAGUCUUUGUCCCAAAGCCCAGAUCAAAACUCCCUUGGUACUCAAAGUACUUGAACAACCCACCAGGCCGUAUCCUCAGCCUGUUCGCCACUCUCACUCUCGGCUGGCCCUUGUACUUGUCUUUCAACGUGUCUGGAAGACCCUACAACCGUUUCGCCUGCCACUACGCUCCUAACAGCCCGAUAUACAACCAUCGCGAACGCCUCCAAAUUUGGCUUUCUGACGUGGGAAUUGUCACCAUGUCAUUCAUCCUUUAUCGUGUUGCGCUAGUAAAAGGCGUGAGUUGGGUGAUCUGCGUCUACGGGAUCCCACUGAUGAUCGUGAACGGAUUCCUAGUGUUGAUCACAUUCCUUCAACAUACGCACCCUUCAUUGCCUCACUACGAUGGGUCAGAAUGGGACUGGCUGAGAGGAGCAUUGGCAACAGUGGACCGAGACUACGGUGUGCUGAACAAGGUGUUCCAUAACAUCACAGACACGCACGUGGUGCACCAUCUGUUCUCGACAAUGCCUCAUUAUCAUGCGAUGGAGGCAACGAAAGCGGUGAAGGGUUUGCUGGGGGAGUAUUAUCAGUUUGAUGGAACCCCAUUUUAUGUAGCGAUGUGGAGAGACGCAAAGGAGUGUCUGUUUGUGGAAGCAGAUGAAGCGAAGGGAGGUGUGUUUUGGUACAAGAAUAAUUAAGUUGUGAUCAAGUCUAGGAGAGUUACGGAGUCUGUUUAGGUGUGGGGUGGGGUUUUGGGUGUGUUGUGUGGUUGUGAUGUGUAAAAUGAAUGUGCAAGUGUUGGGUACUUGUUAGUGUGAAUGAAAGGGACUUUUGUUUUUUAAAAUAAGCACCCGAAAAGUUUACAUCCAA